AUGCGCAACCUCAUCUCCGGCCCCGGCGUCCUCUUCGUUCGCUCCCGUAUCUCACCCAAAUCCCACCCCACCCUCUCCGAAUCCACCUUCCUCACCUGGUACGACACCGAGCAUAUCCCCGAAGUUCUCUCCACCCACAAUGUCAGCAGCGCCUUCCGCUACGUCGACGUCUCCAAAACAUCUCCCAUCGGCGACUCGCAAAACCGAACCCCGUUUUUGACAUGCUACCCCAUGUCUGAUAUAGCUUUCACGCAAAGCGAAGCGUUUAGAGCGAUUAGCGUGAAGAGUGAGAAGUUACCAGGGACUGGGGUGAUAUACGAUCUUGCGGAUUUCGAGAUUAGUUAUUUGGGGUUUUUGGGAGCGACGCCGAGAAAGGGAGAUGGGCGAGCGAAGUUUAUGAUUACGUAUGGGGUUAGACCGGAGGAGGAGCCUGGACAGGAUAAGGUUGUGGCGUUUUUGGAGAAGCAAACGGCUGUGAUAUCGGAAGCACAGCAUUAUAUUCGUACGCUGCAUUUCAAGUUGUUGUAUGCGAGGACGAAUGCGCAGUCUCGCGCUCUGAAGGGUUUACCUACUACCGAUGAGCCGCAUUUUGAGCCGCCGACUUGGUUGGCUAUACAUGAGUUUUCCGAGUUUCCCGAGGAGUCGUUGCUAGAGAAUGUCAAGAGUGAUUCAAAGACGAUCUUGAAUGAGCCAGGAAAUGCUGAAGGAUGGGGGAAGACGGAGAGUGAAAUGCAUGUUUGGAAAGUAGAAACCGUUCAUGGGGAAGGCAAGUUAUUUGAUUGA